GAGCAACAGAUCCGGGCGCCGCGAGCACACCCGCUCUGCUGCGACGCGAUUUGUUUAAAUCCCAGAGAAAUCCAACGCCUUUGAACAGCUUGCAUUUUUCGAUGGCGCUGCCCGCGGGUCGGCGGGCGGUUUUCUCUUCCUCGAGAUGGGCUCUGCCAUUCCUGUCGGGGGCACCCGUGGUGGCCUGAUUGGCAGUCUUCCUCCGGCAUUUGCCAAGCCCGGAGCCGAGCGCUGCAAGUAGCCCGGCCAGCCUCGAGAGCGGCGUUGUUUUUGGCACUGGACAGGCCGUCUGGUGGACUCCGUGCUCCCCGCCCGACACCCUGCGAGCCAGCCGGGGGUGGGUCGCUCGGGGUGAAAUUCCGCCCGGGUGAGCGAGCCCGGCUCCGCGCGCAGUCCAGGCGGCCCGAGCGAGCGUCCUCCCUGCCGGCGCCGGGAAAAUGGAGGCUGUGAUUGAGAAGGAAUGCGGCGCGCUCGGAGGCCUCUUCCAGACCAUCAUCAGCGACAUGAAGGGGAGCUACCCAGUUUGGGAAGACUUCAUCAACAAAGCGGGAAAACUGCAGUCCCAGCUCCGGACAACAGUAGUAGCAGCAGCUGCCUUCCUGGAUGCCUUUCAGAAAGUGGCUGACAUGGCUACCAACACACGUGGCGGCACCCGCGAGAUCGGCUCCGCGCUGACCAGGAUGUGUAUGCGGCACCGCAGUAUCGAGGCCAAGCUGAGGCAGUUCUCCAGUGCUUUGAUUGACUGUCUGAUCAACCCCCUUCAAGAACAGAUGGAAGAAUGGAAGAAAGUGGCGAACCAGCUGGAUAAAGACCACGCGAAAGAGUAUAAAAAAGCACGCCAAGAGAUAAAGAAGAAAUCCUCCGACACACUCAAGCUACAGAAGAAAGCCAAAAAAGUGGACGUUGUCGGUAAGUCGACUAGCCGGUCUCCCUGGUCACGGCAUGGUUCUUGCGGUGGGCUUUCCAUUCUUGUCCAGACCUUUGCUGGUGGCUGCGUCCCCCUCCCAGCUUGGGACAAUCAACUGUGCCUACAUAAUUCCCAAGAAGAAGAGAUCUCCAUGCUGGGGGAGAUCACUCACCUUCAGACCAUCUCGGAAGAUCUGAAGAGCCUGACCAUGGAUCCGCACAAGCUGCCCUCCUCCAGCGAGCAGGUGAUUUUGGACCUGAAAGGCUCCGAUUACAGUUGGUCAUAUCAGACGCCCCCGUCGUCCCCCAGCACUGCCAUGUCCCGAAAGUCCAGCGUCUGCAGCAGCCUGAACAGCGUGAACAGCAGCGACUCACGGUCCAGCGGCUCCCACUCGCAUUCGCCCAGCUCCCAUUACCGCUACCGCAGCUCCAACCUGCCCCAGCAGGCGCCCGUGCGGCUGUCCAGCGUGUCCUCUCACGACUCAGGGUUCAUCUCCCAGGACGCCUUCCAGUCCAAGUCGCCGUCCCCCAUGCCGCCAGAGGCCCCCAACCAGAACUCGUCCAGCUCGGCGUCUUCCGAAGCGUCGGAGACCUGCCAGUCAGUGAGCGAGUGCAGCUCCCCCACCUCAGUCAGCUCAGGCUCCACCAUGGGCGCCUGGGCGGCCCCAGAGAAGGACUGGGCCAAGCCGGGGCCCUACGACCAGCCUCUGGUGAACACACUGCAGCGCCGCAAAGAGAGACGGGAGCCGGAGCCCGGCGGAGGGGGACCCACUCCCAUGGGCGGGGUGCCUGCAGCUGCCGAGGAGGCUCAGAGGCCGAGGAGCAUGACCAUGUCGGCUGCCACCAGGCCCGGCGAGGAACUGGAGGCCUGCGAGGAGCUGGCCCUGGCGCUGACCAGGGGCCUGCAGCUGGACACUCAGCGGAGCAGCCGGGACUCGCUGCAGUGCUCCAGUGGCUACAGCACCCAGACCACCACCCCAUGCUGCUCCGAGGACACCAUCCCCUCCCAAGUUUCAGAUUACGAUUACUUUUCGGUCAGCGGUGAGCAGGAGGCCGAGCAGCCAGAGUUUGACAAGUCCUCCACCAUCCCCAGGAACAGCGACAUCAGCCAGUCCUACCGGCGGAUGUUCCAGGCCAAACGCCCAGCCUCCACUGCCGGCCUUCCCACCACCCUUGGGCCGGCCAUGGUCACCCCAGGGGUGGCGACCAUCCGACGGACCCCUUCCACCAAGCCUUCCGUCCGCCGGGGGACCAUGGGGGCGGGGCCCAUCCCCAUCAAGACGCCCGUGAUCCCUGUGAAGACCCCAACUGUCCCCGACCUCCGCGGGCUGCUGCCGGCCCCUCCGGAUGGGCUGGAGGAGCGUGGGGAACACAGCCCCGUAUCGCCGUCUCCGGUGGGGGAGGGCCCCCAGGGGGCCGCCAGCACACCCACCUCCAUGUGGAGUGGCCAGGCCUCUGUGAACCCCCCGCUUCCGGGCCCCAAGCCCAGCAUCCCUGAAGAGCACAGGCAGGCCAUCCCAGAAAGCGAGGCCGAAGAGCAGGAGCGGGAGCCUGGUGGUGCUGCUGCCUCCCCGGGCCAGACCCCAGAGAGGGGGCCUGCAGACCUGAGCCCCCGGGAUGGGCCGCAAGGGGAAGACAUGCUGAACGCCAUCCGGCGGGGUGUGAAGCUGAAGAAGACCACCACCAAUGACCGCUCGGCCCCUCGCUUCUCCUAGGCGUCCCCCCCACCCCCACCCAUGCUGCCCACUGGGAAGGAGCUGUCCCAUCACCACCACCUAACUCGUCUCGAGCCAUUCUACUCUCUCACCCCACGGAAGAUUUGGUAGGCCACCCAGAAGACAGGCUUUGUGGAGAGCCCGCAGCUCACACCUGCAGGUCACAUGAAAGGCAGCCUAGUGGAGGACCUAACCCCGCCCUUUGCUUUGUACAUACUCACGUCUCCUUUCUCCUGCAAAUCGGAAUCUUCGGUUCCCUUUUUGAUUUUUCUGAAGGUGCCAAAUUCCAUUUAACUUUUUUAUAUACGUCUUUGUAAGAUUUUAAAUGCAUCAGGUGGGGGGCGGG